AUGGCCUCACAAAAUAACGCAAAUUCUUCAAUCCCUGAUCAAACCACACCGAAUCACACUGUUCCCCCGAUAAAUUUUGGCAAAUUCGAAUUCUUACUUUCAAAAUUGACUGAUGAAGAAUUGCAAAUAAUAUUAAAUCCACCUCUACGCCUUGUUCUAACAGUUGAAGAGCUUUUCGGUCCUGCAAAAAGACCUUCAAAAAAUCCCAAUCCACCUCGUUCUUUAAAUGCAUACUUCCUUUGGAGAAGAAACUAUGAUGCAUCACAACCUCACAAGAAUUGUACACAACGUUCAAAAUAUUCCAGUGUUAUGUGGAAGAGAUCAGACGAUAGAAUAAAACGUUUUUUUAAAAUUUUAUCAGAACUUCAUAAGAUCUAUCAUGGACUGAAAUAUCCACAAUAUAAAUAUCAUCCAAGGAGAAAUACACAUUCUAAAGCUAAAGAGAGAUUGAACCUUACACCUCUUGACUAUGAUAAUGAAGUCCAGGAGAACUCAACGACAAAUUUUGAUCUAGAAGACUCUCAUAUUGAUAUAAAGAAUGGCCUUGAAGUCUCAGAAAAUAUAGAUAAAAAUAUAGAAGGUAUAAAUAUAAAAGAAGUUUCAAAUCAAAAUGUAGAAACUGUAAUAGAAGAUAUAGAAGAUCUAGAUACAAUUUAUUCU